AUGCAUUUAUCACCCGUUACCUUCCUCCUCUUUUCCAUCGCAAGUCUUGGAAGUUGUUCGCAAUGCUGCUAUAAGCCCUCGUCCAAUGCCACCAGCUCUAAUUUCCCCAGAGCAGACCCUUCAAAGCAGCAUCUCUACGACCUAAACAAACUCUCUGAGGUUCCAGUCGCCACCACUUGCAGAUCUGGCAACGCAACCAGCGACCUACUCUGCGCCCGAAGCUAUAUCGACAUGAUUGAUGAACAAAUCGCCUUUUUGUAUGCUCGACGGCUUGGAUACGCUGCUGUGGCUGGGAUGGCAAAGUAUAAGCAGGGAGUAUCGCUCAAUGAUCCUACCAGGAACCAGGCCAUCGCUGAGGGAAUGGCGGCGCGGGUUCGGAAGUAUGGUGGCGGUGAUGGUGAGGCUGGGAGGGUGAUGGGUGGCGAGGGGUGCCAAAUCUUUGCAAGCUUGGAAUUUGAAAAGGAGCAGAUUCGUGAGACAUGUGAUUCGGGCUUUGAUGAGAAGUUUCAAAGGGUCUGUGAAUAG